AUGGAAUUCAGUACAAAUUUUGUGUUUGAUGUCUUAGUAAUUUUACUCUCACAAACAGUUUUCUUUAUGUGUGGUUGGGUAUAUUUUGUCAAGAAACUAUUUAAGGAUUAUGAAGUGCAUCACAAAACAAUCCAAUUAAUAUUCUCAAUCACAUUCUGUUUAUCAUGUACUAUGUUUGAACUAAUUAUAUUUGAAAUUGUUGGUAUAUUGGUUCCCAGUUCUCGCUAUAUAUUUUGGAAUGUAAUACUUUACAAAAUGCUAUUUAUGGUAGUUGUACUCAUACCAUAUUACUUAUGUUAUUUCACUUUAAGUAAUAUGUAUCCAUUUUUUCAAAAAAAAGUUUCAAUUUUAGCCUUAUUGGUUUGGAUAUUAUAUUUAUUCCUAUUUUGGAAAAUUGGUGAUCCAUUUCCAAUGUUACCACAAGAAAAAAAAGGUCAUUUAUUUAUAGAAAAUUGUAUUAGCAGAAUUGGUGUAAUUGGUGUUACAGUUAUGGCACUGUUAUCUGGUUUUGGUGCUGUAAACUACCCCUAUACUUCAAUGGCUUAUUUUAUAAAAGCUGUAACAACAGAUGAUGUACUAAAUGUGGAAAAACAACUUCUUCAAACAAUGGACGUUAUUGUUGCUAAGAAAAAAAAAGUUUUAUUGGCAGAAACAAAUGCUGGAGUUAGUACAUUUGGGUUUAUGGAUAUGCUUAAAAGAGUUAAGUCUAAUGUAUCCAGUGAUUUAAGAGGAAUAAAAAGUGAUAUUAAAGCAUUAGAAGCACUUAGUAGACAUUUAUUUUUAGAUACACACGAUCUACAUAAUACUCUUGAUCGUUCUGCUUGGGCCAAAACAUGGAAAGGGAAAUAUUUUAAUUUCCUUGGUUAUUUUUUCUCAUUAUAUUGUGUUUGGAAAAUAAUCAUAUCCACACUGAAUAUAAUGUUACAGAGAGUUGGCAAAAAAGAUCCAGUAACCAGAGGAAUGGAAAUUUUGAUUGAAUGGGUUGGCAUUGAUGUUGAUGUUUCUUUUUGGUCACAACAUGUAUCAUUUUUAUUAGUCGGAUGUAUUGCAUUCACUUCUAUAAGAGGUCUCCUAUUAACACUAACAAAGUUUUUCUAUGCCCUUUCAAGCAGCAAAUCAUCAAAUAUUAUUGUUUUAAUAUUUGCUCAACUUAUGGGCAUGUAUUUUGUAUCAUCUGUAUUAUUAAUGCGCAUGAACAUGCCAGCUGAAUAUAGAGCUAUUAUUACAGAAGUACUUGGAGAUUUACAGUUCAGUUUCUACCAUCGUUGGUUUGAUGUUAUAUUUUUAGUAAGUGCAGUAUCAUCUUUAACAUUUUUAACAUUUGCUCACAAACAGAGUAAAGUAGACCUACUGCCUAUGAUUUAG